GGCGCGGGCUUGAAGCUGUGCUGUCGCCAUGGAGCUGCUGGGCGAGUUUAUCUACUGGGACGGGCGGCGGCGGCAGCUGCGGGUGUCCUUUGAGGUGCCGAACGACGGCGACUCUUUCGAGGGCCUGUUGUCGGCGUUGCAGCAGAUGAGGGGGAGCGUGAACGAGCUGCUCAGCCCCCUGAUGCAGCGGGAAGCGCCGGACCCCGCGGCGGCGGCGGCGGCGGCGGCGGAGGAGGAGGCCGUGGACGGUGAAGUCGGCCACAUUUAAAAAAAAUACUACUUCACAGCCACCAAGAUGCCUGUAAUAAAGAUGAUCAAAGGCAAAGGUGAUGAUGAAGAUGGUAUAGAAGAUGAAAAUAACGUUGAUAAUGGAACUAACUCAGAUGGACCUUCUGCAAAAAGGCUGAAGUCACCAUUUUUACAAUAGUGUUGAUAAGAUUUUUAACUAAAAGACUGCUACUCUCCUAAUUACCGUGCACUACCAUGUCAGGAAGACUUAAGCAUGUUAUCAUGCUCCUGUUUGGAAAAAUCAUCUUUUAUUCCCCAGGACGAUUUUAAUCAAAGAAAAAAAAUCUGUUUUCUUGAGUGGAGAAGAACUGUCAAACCAUUGAAAUAAAAUUAGAGCCCUUGGA